AUGAUUUCUACAUUAUGUAGAAAUCAAAUCAGUAAAAUUGUAUCACCAUUUUCAUCAGCAUCUACUUUUUCACCAUCAUCACAGUCAUCAUCAGCAUCAUCACCAUUAUCAUAUAUAAAUUUCAAUAACAAUAGUAUUCGUUUUAAUAAUAACAGCAACAGAAACAUAUUAAAUGGAAUGAUGAUGAUGAACUUGCAAGAAUCUACAUCAAUCAAUAGUAACAUUGAUAUAAACGACGAUAGCGAUGCAAUUGGAUUCGACGAUGACUGUGAAAUCACCAUUGCACCAUCGCCUCUCGAAAUAGACCCACUCAUUGCCUCAUUAUCGGCACCAUCCCUCCAACCAUACAGAUUAUCUUCAUUUUUAGAUCAACCUUCAACUUUGAAUAUCGUUGAAGAACAACAAGAACAAGAUGGAAUCGAAUGUGUAAAGAGAACCUAUCAACCAUCUGUCCUUAUUAGAAAGAGAAGACAUGGAUUCCUCCACAGAUUGUCAUCAAAGGGUGGUAGAAGAGUUUUGGUCAGCAGAAUACAAAAGGGAAGAAACUCACUAUCUGCAUAA